GCGGAUAUAGUGAAUGCGGGGUCCGGGGAGACCGGAUAUAGUGAAUGCCAGGGUCCGGGGAGACCGGAUAUAGUGAAUGCAGGGUCAGGGGAGACCGGAUAUAGUGAAUGCAGGGUCCGGGGGAGAGCGGAUAUAGUGAAUGCAGGGUCCGGGGAGAGCGGAUAUAGUGAAUGCAGGGGUCCGGGGAGACAAGAUAUAGUGAAUGCAGGGUCCGGGGAGAGCGGAUAUAGUGAAUGCAGGGUCUGGGGAGAGCGGAUAUAGUGAAUGCAGGGUCCAGGGAGACCAGAUAUAGUGAAUGCAGGGUCCGGGGAGAGAGGAUAGAGUGAAUGCAGGGUCUGGGGAGA